CCAGUCGGCUACUCAAUCAGUCAGCGUUCCGCCGCGCUUCAUUCGGAGGAAGUCGCUCUGACAAACUAGCUAGCAUGCAAGGACAAUUCACGUAAAUGGCGCUUGUCAAGAGGAAAAUAUAUCAGCGUUUGCUGUUCUUUGCCGCUUUUCUUCCAAUCUCAGGUGUUUUUUGCUUCAGUGAGUUAUUUUUCAUCAAGGAGCCCCACGAUGUGACGCUCAUGCGCAAAGAAGCCGUCAUUCUGGACUGUCAGGCGCAUGGAGAAACGCCCAUCGACGUCCAAUGGCUGAAAAACGGCGCUAAAGUGGUGGAAAACGAGCGGGUGUACCUGCUCUCUAACAGUUCCCUUUACAUUUCCGAAGUGGAGAGCAGACGAGGAGACAAAUCAGAUGAGGGCUUCUAUCAGUGCCUUGCCCAAAACAAGUAUGGAGCCAUCCUCAGCCAAAGGGCCCGACUGACAAUCGCAAGUAUUUCAUUGUUUACAAUCCAGCCAACUUCCACUGUGGCAACCGAAGGCUCGGUUGCCAGAUUUUCCUGCAAAAUCAGCGCGCACCCUCCUCCCAUCAUCACUUGGGAAUUCAAUCGGCUUACAUUACCCCUCGCCACUGAAAGAAUCACUGUCCUGCCCAGUGGCGCUCUUCAGAUUCAUGGCGUACAGCGCUCAGACAGCGGCAAUUACCGCUGCGUCGCCACUAACAUUGCGAACCGGCGACGUAGCACGGAGGCCAUGCUCACCGUUAUCUCUGCUCCCAGCCCCCGGCUUCCCCAGAGGCCACGCAUCAUAGCUGGGCCGCAGAACAUCUCUGUGUCGGCGCAUCAGAGCGCCACUUUGGAGUGCAUGGCCGCCGGCAACCCCCGUCCUAUCAUCUCCUGGAGUCGAGCAGACAGUAAAUCUAUUGAUGUAUACCACACCAAAGUGCUGGGAAAUGGCAAUCUCAUCAUUACGGACAUCAAGCCCCAGCACAAAGGAGUCUACGUGUGCAGAGCCACCACUCCCGGGACACGAAACUUUACUGUCGCAGUGGCCAACGUUACCGUACUUGCACCGCCUUCUCUGGUGGAGUGGCCGGAGAGCCUGACGCGUCCACGUGCUGGCACGGCCCGCUUUGUGUGCCAAGCUGAGGGGUUUCCAACCCCUCAAAUCACCUGGCUCAAGAAUGGAGAGAGAGUUCACUCCAAUGGGCGAAUCAAGAUGUACAACAGCAAACUGGUCAUUAACCAAAUCAUUCCUGAGGACGAUGCCAUCUAUCAGUGCCAGGCUGAGAACGAGCAGGGCUCUGUGCUCGCCAUGGCGAGGCUCAUCGUGGUCAUGUCAGAGGAUCGGCCCAGCGCUCCGCGAAAUAUCCGAGCGGACACCGUGUCGAGCUCGGCCAUCUUGCUGGCUUGGGACAGGCCGCUGUAUAACGCUGAUAAAGUUAUCGCUUACUCCGUGCACUACAUGAAGGCUGAAGGACUAAACAACGAAGAAUACCAGAUUGUUAUUGGAAACGAUACCACUCGCUAUAUUAUUGAUGACCUGGAGCCAGCUCGUAACUACACCUUCUAUGUUGUGGCUUACAUGCCCAUGGGAGCCAGUCGCAUGUCCGACCACAUGUUCCAGCACACGCUCGAGGAUGUUCCCCUCCGCGCUCCCGAGCUCAGCCUCACCAGCCGCAGCCCCACCGACAUUCAGGUGUCAUGGCAACCCCUUCCCGCCAAACUGAGCCGGGGCCGAGUCUCUGCCUACCGUUUGUGGUACCGAACUAGUACUGAGAGCUUAGCCUCACAAAUUGAGCUGCUGGCACAGAAGACGCAGUACCUCCUCGAAAACCUGCAGCCUGACACCAUCUACCUCCUGCGAAUUGCUGCCGCCACAAACGUUGGGUGGGGUGAGCAGUCGGCCUGGACUUCCCACCGCACCCCAAAGGCAUCCAGUGCUCAAGUUCCUCUUUCUCCUGAGCUGAAUUUGGAGCCUUUAAACUGCACGACAAUUUUGGUGCGCUGGCUGCUGGCACCGAGAAAUUCAGCCAGCGUGCAAGGCUACAAGCUGUUCUACCACGAGGAGAGCCAACCUGAGAGCGCCCCGCUUCAGCUGCCUGCCUCGGACCACUCACAUACGAUUGGAGGCCUCGACCCACGAAAGAAGUACCAUGUGAAGUUUCUGGCUUACAAUUUCCUUGGAGAUGGCUACCAGGCAGAUCAGACUAUCAGCACCCCUGGAUGUGUCUCUGUUCGGGAUCGCCUCGUGCCGCCUCCACCGCCUCCACACAACGUGCACGCUCAGGCCAACAGUUCAUCAAGCAUUUUUCUUCACUGGGGCCGACCAGCUUUCACCUCCAGCCAAGCAGUCAACUACACUGUCCGCUGCAACCCCGUCGGCUUGCAGAACGCCUCCCUUGUGCUCUACCUGCAGACGAAUGAGCAAAGCCUUUUAGUGCGAGAUCUGCAGGCUAACACUAAGUAUGAAUUUGCUAUCCGGCUUCAUAUUGACCAGCUAUCCAGUCCAUGGAGUCCCGUGGUCUACCAGAGCACUUUCCCUAAGGCUCCCACGCUGCCUCCCACCAGCAUCAAGGUGACUUUGAUCGAGGAGAACACGGCCCUGGUGUCAUGGAAGCCCCCGGAGGAAGCCAACCUUUCUGUCACACACUACACAAUCUUGUAUGCCUCCAGAAAUGAGUGGCUCACCGGGGAAUGGCAGGUGGUGCAAAAAGAAGGGAGCAUCACCAUGGCGCUGCUGGAGAAGUUAAAGGCCGGCCAGUUCUACCUGGUAAAAGUGUCGGCGUCCAACAACAUGGGCGAUGGGCCUUUCUCUCACAUGGUGGAGCUGACGAUGCAAACAAAUCCCUCCUCCGGCAACGACCCGCGGCUCUCACGAGGUUCCACAAGCUCCAAUGCCUUUUCCAAUGGCUUCUACCACCUGGACCAAACGUCAAUGACAGGCAUCACUGUGGGGGUCUCCAUCGCACUCACGUGCAUCAUCAUCUGUGCUUUCGUCAUACUUUGCAGAGGCAAACAAAGGAAACCAUCAAGUGUUAAAGGAAGGAGCCCAUCCGCCUCCUCUGGAGAAAGCCCCGACUCAGAUGACCCGGCUGAGAACACCGACGUGAGCGUAGCCAUGAUGAGCCAGAAUCAUUUCAUCGAUAGCAAGGGUGGAACAAAUCUCAUCAUCAAUUCCCUUGGUCCAGUUCAGCCUAGCACUGAGAAGAAAAGCAAAUGGUUUCCCUUCAGUCGUCAUGGCAACAAGAGUGUUAAGGACGUGCAGAAGAUGAGACUCGGGCCCACCUCCUACCAGCCAGGCUCCACCGUACUGACCUACAAUAAGGAACUGUCGGUCACUGCAGAUGAGCCCGUCUCCCUGCAUUCUCUGCUGGGGGGAGCCGGAGAUUCGGAAGGCUCCUCCAGCAGCGACUCCGGUCGCUUCUCGCAAAACGACACAGUCAUGACCGAUCUUUCGUCCGGUCCGAACAGCCGCCAGCCGUCUCUGACGGCGGAGGACAGCGGUGGUGGUGAGGAAGAGGUAGAAAUGCAUCAUCUGGCACAGGAUGAUCAGUCGGACUUGAGGUUGGUGGAGUCUGUUGAGGAGCUGCGCUGUCAUCGGGAAGCCCAAAGUGCUCGGUCUUUCAGUGUGUGA